GUCGGACUCGGGGCAGGCAAGCAUCGUUUUCUUCCCCUAUUUAAUAUUUUGCGCGCUUUUAAGACCCAUUCUUUUUUUUUUCUCCUUUUCCCUUUCUCUCUCUCCGUUCUCAUUUUCGUCUUUUUUUUAUUGUUUGAGACUUUUUCGAUUUUUUUUCCCCCUUCCGUCUCGGCCAUGUCGACGGUGGCGGAGAUGGAACCCCUGACGUCCGGUGCGAGCAAUCGCAUCAUCCCGAUCCUCAGAGUCCUGAGGAGAUGUCUCAUUUUCGUCCAAUCGAUCUUCCUCGCCAUCCUCAUCUUCCUCUUCCCGCGCCGCCGACCUUCUCCUUCUACGUCGGCGGAUUCGUCCUCCUCCUCCGCCGUCAAUUCGUCGAAGCGGCGAUCCAUGUGGAGGCUGGAGGAGGAGGACACCUUGCGGAGGAGGGCCCUUGCUGAGGUCAUCGACAUGACCGUCGACGGUGACACUCGGUGCCGGUGGAGCACCUCGUUGUUCUUCGGCGUGAAACGGAACGCUCUGUUCUGCCGCUCCUGGUUCCCGCUUCACGACGAUUUGAAGGCAAUUUUGGUCAUCAUCCAUGGGCUUAAUGAGCACGGUGGAAGGUAUGCUCACUUUGCGAAGCAGCUAACCUCGUCGAACUUUGGAGUCUAUGCUAUGGACUGGAUAGGUCACGGUGGGAGCGAUGGGUUGCACGGAUACGUUCCUUCUCUCGACCAUGUCGUCGCAGAUACUGGGGCUUUCUUGGAGAAGAUAAAGUCUGAGAACCCUGGAGUACCGUGCUUCCUUUUUGGUCACUCAACAGGAGGAGCUGUGGUUUUGAAGGCAGCGUCAUAUCCUCGCAUUCAAGAGAUGGUGGAGGGGAUUGUGCUAACCUCGCCUGCUUUGCGUGUUAAGCCUUCUCAUCCAAUCGUUGCGGCUGUGGCUCCCAUUGUUUCUCUGGUCGCCCCGAGGUUCCAGUUCAAAGGAGCCAACAAGAGGGGCAUCCCAGUCUCGAGGGACCCUGCAGCACUCUUGGCCAAGUACUCCGAUCCAUUGGUCUACACCGGCCCCAUACGAGUCCGAACGGGCCACGAGAUACUUCGCAUCUCGUCCUACCUGAUGCGCAACAUAAAAUCCGUCACGGUUCCAUUCUUCGUUCUCCAUGGCACGGCUGACAGGGUCACCGACCCUCUAGCGUCUCAGGAUCUGUACAACGAAGCCGCCUCCAAGUUCAAAGACAUCAGGCUGUACGAAGGGUUCCUGCACGACCUCCUCUUCGAACCGGAGAGGGAGGAGAUCGCGCAGGAGAUCAUCGACUGGAUGGAAACGAAGUUAGCUGCUGGUUUCUGAAAGAAAAUAAGUGUGUUUAUAGACUUUCGGGUAGACUUUUAGUUUGCAGACGGUGGAGCAGCGCACAAACAGCUGCUAUCCUAGAGAGAUUUAGGAGCGCACUCAUGCUGUAAAUUUUUUUUAUCCUACAGUCAUAAUAUUUUCGUUUUAGCUUCCACACUAUGAUAGUUGUGUAUACGUAUGAACUAGCAGCAAAACUGCAGAAGAAGUGAAGAACUGAAGCACUUCUUCCUUUCCAGUUAAAAUGUAAACAGAUACAUAAGCUUAUCAGUUAUUAUUACUCAUGGGGAAGAUAAUGGGCUUUGAGUCCAUGAACCUCCAGCAGGCCCAGCCCACUUACUCAACCCGAUCCAAUCUCUUCCUCCAUUCUCCGGGCCGCGGCCUCCAGGGCCGACUCAUACUUCCGCACCAAACAAUCCAGUGUCCAGCUCUCCACAGGAUCUACGGUGAACCCCCACUCGAUCGCGCACCCUUUCCCAUCAGGAACGAUCUCGACCGUCGAUUCGUACCCUUCAAACCCAAUGUUGCAAUCGACGAUCUCGUAGCUUAGAAACCGCCGGGCGUGAUCGACGGCGGUCAAUCUCUCCUUUGACCAGCUCACCGCCGCCUCGCCGGCGGCGGGGAUGGAGAAGCCGGAGCAGUAGCGGACGCAGCCGGGGUGGCCGUUGGCGCCGUGGACGCCGCGGCUGGAAGGGACGUUGGGGAACCACUUGUGGAUGUGGAAGAAGUCGGCGAAGAGCCGCCAUAUCUGGUCGGCGGUGGCUUUGGUUACUCUCGCCGUGACUUUGCCCUGCCAUUUCUUGUUGUCGUUGGUUUCGUCAUCAAUCUCUUCCGCCAUGGUUGUUGUUGUGAGAAAGGUAAUGGAUCCCGAAAUUGUAUAAAUAGGGAUCUGACCAAAUAUGAAGCGAGACAAAUUAGAGAUCAACGUAAUGAUCAAAAUUCAAAAGUAGUAAUC